AGUGACUCCAGAGGAAGCAAUGGGGCCUGUGACCGGACCGGGCGCCUCUACCUGUAUCACUACAACGAGGAGCAGCCGUACAUCCCGCUGAGCGAAAUCCAGAGGAUUGACACGGCUGCCAUCCUGGACAUCAAAUGGUGCCACAUUCCUGUUGCAGAACACCCCAUGGUUGGCAUUGCAAACUCGAAAGGUGCUGUGGAGUUUUGCCACCUGACUGGGAGCGAGAAGAACAGCUGCAUGUUGGAGCCGUGCUUCAGCGUUGACCUUGGUGCACAGUGUCUGGCCUUGUCUUUAGACUGGUCCACAGGACGAGAGCAAUGUGGAUGUCCUUUGAAAGUGAUCAGCAGUGAUUCUGAGGGGAAGCUGAAUCUCUUCUCCAUCGAUGAAUCUGCUCCUUCUGUGCAUGUCCUGAGCCAGUGGGAAGCUCACAAAUUUGAGGCCUGGAUCGCUGCUUUUAAUUACUGGGACACCGAUGUUGUGUAUUCAGGAGGAGAUGACAGCCUGCUCAAGGGCUGGGACACCAGGCGCAGUCCAGAGACUCCCGUCUUCACCAGCAGGAGACAUUCGAUGGGUGUGUGCAGCAUUCAGUGCAGUCCCCACCGGGAGAACCUUCUGGCUACUGGCAGCUACGACGAGCACGUGCUGCUGUGGGACACCAGGAACAUGAAGCAGCCGCUGGCAGACACCCACGUUGAAGGUGGAGUUUGGAGGCUGAAGUGGCACCCGACCCGUGAUUUUGUGCUGUUAGCAGCCUGCAUGCAGAGUGGAUUCAAAAUCCUCGACUGCCGUGGAAGCAUGGCGGAAAACAUGGAGGAGUGUAUCAUCCUGUCAUCCUAUGUCUUGCACAAUUCCUUGGCCUACGGGGCUGACUGGUCAAGGCUCUGUCCGAAGGAUUCCUUGACUGCGAUGCAGGACUCUGCUGCAGCAUGCCAGCCUUCGGAGGAGCUGGUGGGAAGAUCAGAGGAAGCUGAUGAGAGACUGAAUUUGCAGGUCCAAAACCUGAAGAUAAUUUACGAGUCUCCUACAGCUACUUUUGAUGUAAUAUUGGAUGAGGAGAGUGAAGACCCUGCCUUGCUGCCCAAAGCAGAGAGGGGUCCUAAGCUGUCUGGGGAUCCUGACCUGGUCAGGGGUCCUGACCGAGGGGCAGAUGCCGAGUCAGCCAGCGGUUCCAACUCGGGAGCCAAGAGACCCAACGGAAUGGGCCUGGACAGAAGCGGUGAUUCAACCAGGUCUCUGGACGGCCCGAAAGAAAUGAGCAUUGUAGCGACCUGUUCUUUCUAUGACAAUAUCCUCCAUGUCUGGAAGUGGGAGAUGACUGUGACCCCUUCAGAGACACCAAGUACUACAUCUCCAUCCGAAAGAACAGUUGAAAGUUUGCAUUGGCCAGUCCCAAGGGCAAGUGAUAGGAACUGUACUGACAACGACUUCUGA